UUUGGAAGUUGUGUCAACCGGCGUUUCCAACGUAAUGCUUGCGUACUGUUUUCAACGUAGAGCCGUGUUGUGGUUGGGUGUUGUAUUUAGCUAAUGCUAAGCUAUCAUUACAGUCACAUGCAGCAAUAGUAACCACUGUCGCUCUAUGGACGUUAGAAAGUAGUGCCAAGGGAUACUUUCUUCCCUUAACGCUACGACUAUAACUCUGUCCUCUUUCAAUCUGGAAGAAAAGGUUAGUCGGAAGGAAGUUCUUCAAGUGCUCUUUAUAGUUAGCAAGUUAGCGUCUUAAUGGCGCGGUCAGUGUGUUCACCAACUUGGUGACGUUGUCGCUAAAUUAGGUUAUAUUUCACAGGUAAUAUUGACGGUUGUAUUUCGCUAAUAAGCUACUCGUCUCCAGUCGUCUACAAGAGGAACUAUAAAAGGCCUAAAUAGUUGGGUUGCUUCUACUGUAACGUGAGCUAGAUUUCACCAAAGAGCGUCUGUGGAAACCCUCAGCUUAAUACAUACACAGGCCUACUAUUAUGCUUAUUGCAUACUAUUAAAAAAACAUUCACAAAACUCAAAUUGACAAUAAUAUUGACCAAGGCUAGUAGUUUACCAGCUAUUUGUAAUCACACCGGAUCCAUAACCAGAGAAGAAUGCCAAAACAAUAACACAAGGUUAACUCAUAUCUUUGGCAGCCAUGGAGUUUCUCCCAGUACUUGACCCUCUUGAUAAACCAAAAGAAGGAAUAUGGUAUUCUUUGAUACCCAGGGGGGCUUCUCCAGGUGUUAGUGUGGGUCACACCUGCACGUUUAUUCCAUCGAGAGAAGAAGGAAAAGGAAGAAUCUUUAUUGUUGGGGGAGCCAACCCCAGUGGCAGUUUCUCACUUUCGCACAUCAUAAAUCUAGAUAAUCAUGAAUGGGACAUCCCAGAGUGGGAGGGUUUGGAGUCACGGUAUGAACACUGCACCUUUGUGUCAGACAGCUGCCCUCAGACAUUGUGGGUGUUUGGAGGUGCACAACAGUGUGGCAAUCGCAAUUGUAUCCAGAAUAUGCAGCUAAUGGAUAGUGGGUCUUGCUGGAAGAAUGUAGUGGUCAAUGGCAAACCCCCCAGUCCCAGGACAUACCACACCAGCUCAGCGUGCCAAGGGGACAGACUGUAUGUCUGUUCUGGUGGGGAAGCAGGAGCUUCACCAGUCUCAGACCCCAAACUUCAUGUAUUUGAUACAGGGUCUUCAACUUGGUCCCAGCCAGGAACACAAGGCAGAAACCCGCAAGCCAGACAUGGCCACAUUAUCGCUGCAGUUGGUUCAAAGAUCUACAUUCAUGGAGGCAUGGCUGGAGACAAAUUCCACAACGAUUUGUACUCUCUUGAUACAAGGAGCAUGAAGUGGGAGAAAGUGCAGGCCAAAGGAGACAUCCCACCAGGAGUAGCAGCCCACUCAGCUUUGGUGCUGGGUGAGAACAUCUACAUAUUUGGGGGGAUGACUGCUGAUGGAGCCGGCAACUCCAUGUACAGAUUCAACACAGACAAAAGAAGAUGGGACCUGAUGAAGUUUGAAGGGGAUAUGCCCCCCAACCGCCUAGACCACUCCAUGUGUGUAUUGCCCUGGACAGUGUGUGGUGAGAGGAAUGAAGACGAGGAGGGCGCCAGCAGCCCAGCAGCUUCAAAAACUAUAAAUUUGGCUUUUGUAUUUGGAGGAAUGGACACCGAGGGCAUCAUUCAUAAUGACUGCAUUGUGACUGUAAUAACAUGAUGUACAUUUAUUUAAGUUGUAAUAAAAUGUUUGUCAAGGA